UGACCAACUGACCAGGCAUACUGCUCCCUCUACUUUAAAAUCAACGGAAUCAAACUUGCAAUAUCCAAACUUUCUAAAGCAGCUCAUGUGACCGGGGUUCUGAACCCUUUUAGCGAAUCCAAAACUAUUUAAACAAUUAAGCAGGAACUUCGAAUGCAAAGCGAAAAUGAGACCCACAGAAGAAGCAGUAGCGGAACCUCAAGCUAAGCAGCGUGUUUUGGUACACUCAAUCACAGCAAAAGCUUUCAAGUCUUUCAACGCCAAAGUGAGAAUCGAACCCCUAACCUGCUUCACCUGCAUUGUUGGACCAAACGGCACAGGCAAGAGCGCAAUUGGCGAAGCCCUAGCAUUUGCGUUGGGAGCAUCCCCAAAAUUUCUCAGAGCCAAUGCCUCUUCGUCACUCGUCAAUAAUCGAUCUUCAGACUCAUCUACUAAGUUUAGAGGUAGAUGCCCAAUCCAGGUCUCUGUGAAGCUAGAAAGAAGCGAUGAUGGCGCUAAGUUCAAGGUGCAAAGGGUUUUUAGAGGAAAUUCCUCAAAAUAUUACUGGAAAGACGAUAUUCGGACCUCUAAGAGAGAAAUUACGCUGAGCGAGCUGAAGGAGAAACUUGCAAGUUUAAAUGUUCCCGUGAAUAACCUGGAUAGAUUCAUAGUGAUGCAGAAUCGAGUGGCUGCUAAGGUUAAAGAGCCUCAAGAACUGACCAAGCAUCUUGAACUUGUGAUUGGAACCAGCCACUAUGAAGAGAAGAUUAAAGAGGCUGACCAGGAAAUUGUCAAACAAACUUCUGGGUUGGACUGUAUGCAAGAGAGUUUGAGUGAGAUAGAAUUGAAGAGGAAACAGCUCAACCCUGAGGUUGAAAAAUGGAAUAUGUUUACAAAAAAAUGGCAUCAAUUUUCUGAGAGGAAGGCACUGUUUCUCAGAAACCAAGAGAGAUCUCUACGUGCGAGAUUGCAAAUAUGUAGAGACCGGAAGGACAAUGGGAUACAAGAACUCAGUCAAAUUCAAAGCAAACUCAAUUCUUUGCAAGGGUUGUUGACAAAUUUGAAUCUUGAGCGCACACGAUUAAAAGUGGUCCUGCAAGAUUGCCAGAAGAAACACAAAAGUGCCCAAAGGCAAUAUGAUUUGCAGAGGACCAAAAUGAUCAAAGAAGAGGUUCAGUUAAAAGAAGCUGAAAAGGAGGCUGCUCUGCAGAAAGAUCAUUAUCAGAAGGAAGAGAAGUCUCUUCAGACACGUCAGAAAGAUAUCCAAAAUGAGUUGGAUUUGCUUUCUAAGAAUGUUGAUGAGCUUGAAAGCAAGAAACACAAGAUUUGUCAGGAUAAGGAAGAGACAGAGAAGAAAAAAUUCUCUCUUUUAAGUCCGGAAGAUAAUGUCUUGCAAACAGAUAAUUUGACCAACCAAGAAGAAGUUCUGCUUACCAUGAAGAUAACUAGACUGCAGGAAAGACUAAACAUAUCAACCGAAAAGAGCAGAUACAACAUUUCACGAGCCUCACAGUUAACAGUGGAGAUGGAAAUUACAAAGCAGGAACUGGAGGAAGCGCUUAAAUUUGAAGAAGACCAAGAAAGAAUGUUGUCAGUCACAAAGAAUAGAUUGUCUCUGUUGCAUGAAGAAAUUGAUUUGUUAGGUGGGCAGAAGAUACCUAGGCUGAGAGAAGAGAUUAGCAACAAUGAAGUGGAAAUUAAGCGUUUGAUAAAGAAGUUACACGACAUUCAAAACCAGCCAAAUAAGUUGUCAAAAGAAGAUGAAGCAGCAAAGGUUCUUGCCCAAAAGUUGAAAGGAAAACUACAUGGAAGGAUCACAGAUUUAGCUACAGUCAGUAACCAUUUAGCAAGAGCAGCAAACUCCAUUCUAUGUCAUCUUACAAAUCCAGCAACUACAUUUGUAGUUGAUGACAGAGACACAGCAAACAUGGUUAUCUCAUAUUUUCAGGAAAAACACAUUGGGAUUGCAACAUGUGAGAUACUGUCUGAGUUAAGUCGGCAAUUUAAGUGCUUGAAUCCUUGUGAAAUUGGAUCAUAUGCUAGGCCAAUUUUGCAAGAUCUCCAGUGUUCAGAAAACUAUCAACCUAUCUUCCAAAAAUAUUUUGGGAGUUGGUGUGCAGCAAAAGAUCUUUGUGCUGCAACUUCAUACUUUAAGAGGAAGCAAAGUUACUCUGAGACAUAUAAUAUUGUAACAGAGGAUGGGGACAUCUUCAAAAAGGAUGGUGAAGUGAUUUCUGCAAACCAGGGCCUCAGAGGGAGAGUAGCAUUUAAAACUAUCAAUGAUAUCUCUAACCAAAAUGAAUCAAACAACAUCUUGAUAUGGGAGGAGGCCCUAAAAAUGAAGAUUAAACUGAAAGAUGAAUUGGAGGCAAGCCUAACAAUGCAGCUAACCAAAUUGGAAGUAUUUAAAUCUCGAGAGCGAGAAUUUUCUGACCAAAUUCAGAAAAUAGAGGAAAGUAUAAAGUUUUGUAAGAAUUCUAAUGCAGCAUCUGUCAGAAAGAAGCUCGAAAAGCAGCAAAUUGAACUACAUAAUAUUCAGAAGACAAUUAAAGAUGUUUGUGAUGAUGGCAAACUUCAAAAGGAAAUUGAAGAAUUAGAACAGAAGCGAAAGAAUCUAAAAGCCAAACUGAAAGCAUCUGAAAAAAAUUUAUCAUGUAAUCCUCAACUGAUCGAAGUAAAUGAAAGAAUUAGGCGGCUAGGGGAUGAAAUUAAAUCAUGUACUGGUGAGAUCAGGAAGAAAAUAUCUUCUAUUAAGGUAUUAAAAAAUCAGUUAGAAGCAUUAAAAUCUAGAGAUAAGUUUAUGUUAUCACUUUCAGAAAAGCUAUCAGCCCUUGAAUCACAAAGAGAGAAUUUUCUACACAUAAAGGAGCAAGUUCGACAAGCAGAAUUUGAGAAGUCUUCAAGAAAAUCAGAUAUGGAAAAAGCAGAAACGAACAUUGCUGCCAUUGAAACAGAGAUUGCGGAGCAUGGGAAAGAAGAGAGGAAACUGAGGUUAAUAGAGGUUUGCAAAAAGAAUGAAUUGAAUGAAUUGAUAGCAUCUGAAACGACAACAGAGGAACAACUAGGAAAAGUCCUUUUUGCAUUGAGAGAUGGUUGUGAUCCCCAAUUCCACAAAAGAGUAUGUCAUGAACCUUCUAGUCCAUCUUCUUUGCAAGCACUUGCAAGUGAAGCUGAAGAUGAAGAAGGCUUGAUCUUAGCCCAAGAGGAGAUGUCCUUGAAUGAAAUCAGAAGGAGCAUUUGUGCAGAUGUCCUGGAAGAAGAUGUCAAAUACAGAAAGAACGAAUCUUACUUCUUGAAAGAACUCAAUCAGCUAAGUCGGUUGAUUGAGUCAAACCGAAAUCACAAGGAAAAUCUAGAAAAUGAGAGGUUUCAUGUUUUUCGAGAAUCUGUCAAGAAGCUGAACAGCACACUGUCAAAUAUAUAUCGAAGUCUUACCCAACAUGGAGAUGCAUAUCUCUCUUUCACAGAUGAAAAGUGUCUCCUGUUCUGUGAUGGAGUGAAUCUACAAGUCCGUCCAGAUAGACAUAAGUGGCGCAAUUUCAACUUUCUAUCUGGUGGACAACAAGCCCUAGCAUCUUUAGCCCUGUCCUUCAGCUUACAAACAAUGUUUCCUUCACCAUUCUAUUUCUUUGAUGAGAUUGAUGCUGCUCUCGAUACAAAAAAUGCCCAGCUUGUUGCAGAAUAUAUAAAGAAUCAAACAUCUGCUCAAUACAUUGUGGUUUCACAUCGACCUCAGCUAUAUGAGCUUGCCACAUCUUUGGUAGGGAUUUAUCAUUACAGUGGUGCCUCUACAUCUAUAACAGUCAACAUUUAAAACCCAUGGAUAAAGAUGCUCCAUCUUUGGAUGUCAUGUAUCCGUGUACAGUUGAAAUUGCAAUUCUAUAAAUCGAGAACCAAAGUGGAAGAGUGUGACAAAGUAAAUUUGAAUGUGAAAGGGUCAAUAAUACUAUUCAACAUCAAUAUUUCUUUUCUUUGUAAAAAUAGUGGUUAUUUACUUUCUGUAGACUUUUGCACAUGAGCCUUAUUUUGAAAAUUCAAUAGAAAUUACACGCAGAGCACAUUCUUCUUGAUUUUAUUUUGAUUCAAGGCCAAGAAAAUGUUUGAGUAGGAAGUGAGUCUUGUAGAUUCAUUCACCAAGGACCAUUUGUUAACAUGGUCUAAUGUCUUGUAUAGUGACUAUUUGCACAUAUUGGAUUAAUGGUGUCCAUUGGAGCAUACUGAUGGUGGCUUGUAUUACAAAUGUAAGCAGGACUUGUUCAAGUAUUUUAUUUUAUUACAGUUCUAUUUUGUUUGUUACCA